AUGUAUGGCCAGGAGUCUGCAGAUUCCUGGGGCGCGCAGAUUUUACACCACGCCACUAGGCGCCGCUACAGAGGCAUCGCUAUUCCUCUCGUCGUCCUGACCCUGCUAUUCACCAUUUGGAUAUGCUCCGAUCUUGUGACGGGCGCUAUAAAGCAACGUCCCCUGAGCGGAUUCUCGUUUGCUGACAGCAACGGCAGUCAUCAAACGCACACUGAAGAGCAGGAGAUCAAUGGACCACAGUGGGCGACACAUAAUCCAAAAACAAACACUGGCAGUCUCAUUCCGCCCAAGAUUUGGCAGAUAUUACUUCCGAAGAAGCAAACAGCGGACGAUGUUAUUAUAGAUCCCGACACUCUCCGGGAUACGCCCUCUUGGCUUGUCAUGAACCCGGAUUACACAUACACCCUGGUAGGCCAUGAUGGGGGCAGUGAAUUCGUCAAACAACACUUCCCAGAUGACCCCAGCCUAAUUGAAAUGUACAACAACCUUCCGAACGUCGGGAUGCAGUCUGAUUUCCUCCGCUACCUCAUUCUCGAUGUUGAAGGUGGCGUCUAUACUGAUAUCGACACUGUAGCAUUGAAAGCUAUUGAUAAAUGGGUGCCAACGGAUCUUCGUGAUAAGGUUCGCUUGAUUGUUGGCGUUGAGUUUGACCGGCGUGAUGGCGGCGGCUGGGCUGAUAUCCCUCAUUGGCUUCAGUUUUGUCAGUGGACUAUUGCAGCAGCGCCUGGGCAUCCCAUCUUCCGAAAAAUGGUUACUCGUAUAUUUCAGUCGCUGGAUGACAUAUCAGUGUCUCAUGGAGUUCCUGUCAACAAGUUAACCCCGACUAGCUUUGAAGUCAUGAAUUCAACAGGACCCGCCGCCUGGACCGAUGUUGUUUUUGAAGCAUUACAGGAACAUGAUUCUUCUCUGAAAACGACCAAGGACUUGUCAUUUAUGACAAAACCGAGGCUGUACGGCGACAUUCUGGUCCUCACUAUCGAUGGAUUUGGGAUGGGCCAGCCGCACUCGCACAGCACAAAUGAUGGGAGCACCCCUGAUGCUGCCUUGAUGAGGCACCUCUUCCGGGGUUCCUGGAGAGGGGAUUCAAUUGAGCCAGACAAUGGUAGCUGA